ACCCCAUAUACGGGCAUGGGCCGGCGUGCCGCGUGUGUUCGUUACCACGGCAACCGCGUCCACCGCACAGCUGACCGCAGUUCGGUGUGCAGCGAGCGAGCGCGCACAGCCCCGAACGGGACUUGCUGUGGCCCGCUGCCUCCCCCCGUUGCUAUGCCCGUCUACAUUCGCAAAGGGCAGCUCGAGGUGCCGCUGCCCUCUCUGGAUGGCCACGAGGAGGAGGAGGAGGCGCGCUUCGAGCUCGACCCCGAGCGAGCGUUCGCGCGGCCACCGCAGCCAUGGCGGCUGGUCGGGCAGGUGUUGGAGCUGGUUCUGGAGCGCACCUGGGCCUCUGUAGAGGGUCGUGAGCAGAGCCGCCAAGAGGAGCGGACGAGAUACAAGCCGCCCGUCUAUGACCGGCCUCGCAGAGUGGAGAUGCGUGAGGAGGCUCACUGCUUGGCGAGCAGCGCGGAUGGCCGUUACAUCUUUGUGGGUCUGGAUGGAGGUCUCACGGCUCUUGCUGCUGUGGAUGAAAAUGCUGUGCUCUCCGCCUGGGAACAGAGAGGGACAAUGAUCACGCAGAUUAACACAGCACCAGCCGGAGAGGAAAUGAGUGCCAUCGCCACGAUAGACGACAUGGGACUUGGUCGUCUGUUUGUAUUUUAUUCAGAGACUUUUCACCUUGUGAAGACCAUUAACGAAGUUGAGGAUAUUUCGAAAAGAACUGUAUGCUCUUCCUUCAUAUUGUCAUCCGGUGGUGAUUAUGGUGGUAUAAUGUUGCAAGGAAAUGGAGAAUCAUGGUUUGAGAUUCAAAAGAUGCCAAAGGAAGCGUGGCUAAAAGAUCUGGAGCAAGCUCAAAGCCAACAGCAGCAAGAGGUUGAGCAGUUCAGCAAUAUUGAUGUUAAACUUUCUUCUCCAAUACUAACUCUGCGGCUUAAAUCACCAAAACGACCCUCAGGCCGCGAGAGACGUCCCGGCCAGGAAUCCUCGCAGCUCCCAGAGGAAUGGAGCACCCUUGGGACAGGACAGAACCACCUGCUGAGCAGCGCACAGCUGGAGAUGCAGCGCCUGCUCUUUCAGCAGAGACACCGAGAUGCAGCGGAGCCAGAGCUCAGUCGAGCUACAGUGCACUUUGUGCUGCCAUCUCUCGUGCUUCCGGCAGGCCUGGAGUACAAGACGGCGGCAGGCUUGCCCAAUGGUGUUUGCAUGUGGUGGAGUGGUAGCCAUUUGCUUUUGCACUACACCAUUCAAAAAACAGGAAAGGAGACUGAACCCAAGGCCGAUGCAGUGUGGCCAAAUGCAGAGCUCAUCUGCUGCUCGACCAUUAGUGAAUGCACAAUGCUGCUUGCUCUGGGGUUGAGAGAUGGCACCAUCACAAUCUGGGACAGAUAUCUUGGUUUACCUUUGACUGUGAUGAGCCUCCCUGAGCCUGUUCGGAUAGCUGAGUUACAUUUUGUCGCUCCAAAAGACCAACAUGAUCCACCCACACAAGACUAUGCAGCGAGUCCAAUUGCCUCUCUAAUGGCCUUCUGUAAGGACGGCUCAGUGCAUAUGGUGGAAGUAAAUUCUGAAGGCACUUGCGACAUCGCCACGAUCUGUCAAAGGUGUGAAAUACAGGAAGAUGUAAUCACUGCUGUACUUCCUCUACCAAUGUUCCCACAGCUGAUGAUUUAUUUUACUCGAGGUGGCAGAAUCACCCUUCACGACAGACUGGAAGGAAAGGCCCUCGCCCUUGUCGCCUUGCCUAUGCCACAUGUGGUGGCAUCACCUUGGGAUCCAAUAUACACUUUUGGAACCAAUGACCAAUCGAUAUUCAUUAAAGGUGUGACCCAGAGCGAAGAAGUAACUUUGCCCAGCAGUGAAUCCAGUGGCUUUCUCUUCGUCUUUCCACUUCGCUCCAUUGCGGAUCUGGACAGCUACCGCCAAUCAAGCUGGAGUUGUGGCUCUUGCAUUCAGCACAUCCUGUGGGACAAGAGAUGCGAGAAACUGCUCUUGGAAAGCAUACAAUCGUUUGCAGAGAACGAUGGAGAAAUGGAAGAACGUUGGAGCACCUUACACGCUCUAGUUAAAGAGACACCGUCGUGAAGACCCGACAGGGCAAUGUCACUACAUUUUACUUUGGCAAUCGCAGAAUAUUAUCAAAUUAUUAAUCAUUUAUGAGCAUUAUGUACCCUCACUGUACAUAUGAAGGUACCGUAGAUGCAAACACUUGGUUGACUGAUUGCUAUGAGGUAUAAAUGUUUUCUUAUUUCAGUAAAGAUUUAAGUUGUACAAAUUCAAUAUCUAUUUUUAUAGCAUUUACUCGCUGUAUUAAUCUGCAGAAAAUGUACGAAUUAAUGAUGCAUGAAGGAAAAAAACACAUAGCAAUGCAUUGUGCAGUUGCACAUUAUGUAUCUAGAGAUUUCAUCAGGAAUGUUGCCAUUAUUAACAAUCUGCUGCAACGGCAUAAUUGUAUUCAAUAAAUGUUAUUACUGUG